GUCGGCCUUUAUAUGCCAAUGCGAGAUGCUCACGAUUUCGCCCCCGCUUCUCGAACUAAUGUCUGUUGAAGCAGCACCAUCGUCAAAUCAGUGGUCGACAGACAUACCAUGACUACUAAGAACACCGAUCUCUCCGUUCCCUCAGAGUUUGAUGAUGAGGUUGACGACGCUCUCCUUCCUCCCGGGCGCAUGUGGGCCUACCCGUGCAAGCUUGCCUCAUGUCCUGACUAUGGCAAAUCAUGGCAGUUGCGAAGUAACUUCCUCCUCCAUUUGCAGGAGCGAGAGGCACAUAUAGGAGCGACUACACCUACGGCACGCCGUGCAGUUGAGAUAGAAUGGCGGUAUCCCACCGAUCCUGAUUUGCCGCCUCGUGCGCCGCCAGAAUUCCGCCCUCAAGAAGAUGCAGAUGAGCAGGCGUGGACAUAUAGUUUUAAAAAUGGUACUGGCAGGGCGAUACAUGGCACAUGCACACAAAGUCAAAUGGAAGCGGCUAUGGCCUCGCGACGCCGGUAAAUAGAGGAGAUGUGAUGCCUCAAUCUUAUUUGUAGAGCGCAUUACAGGAUGUCUUGACGUAUCCUACAAUCGAAGUAAUUGAUUUAGGACUCUGCCGAUGGAAAUUAUAUAAAGCGUUCUACUUGACCUUUGAACAAUCCUUCAUUAGUGAUGGCU